GCUUCACGUUUUCAGCUGUUUUAGAUCAAUUCCAACAUUGAUUUAGAACUUAACUUCCGAUAAUACACAAUUAUCUACCUCUUCGCGAAACCUCGAUAUUGCGCCAUUUGAAGGCAGUAUUUGCACACGAAAUCAAACAACACUUAUUAUCUCAUCACGGCAAGAUCUGAGCAAAUGCGCCGCCUUCGAAUUCCCCAUCCACCUACGUGAUCGAACAACCAUCGAACGCGAUCGUGCCGCGACUGAAUUAUGCCGGCGUCAUGGACACCGCAAACGCGUCAGAUGCUCUUCAGCAGCUUGUCGUAGCAAGUAAAACCCCUAUUGCCGACUUAAACCCAGAGCUUGCAGAUCCAGCAUCUCGUGCUGUCCGUGGCGUGGUCACCAUCACUUGGCCUUACAGCUUUGUAAAAGGCACCUUCUCAUUUAUCCUCGCCGAGCCUGAUUACCGUCUUCGCCGAAAUAAGGGACAAAUUCGCAUUAAUUUGGUUGGCGCAUCUGCCAAGGCUGCUAGUGAAAGUGGAUUAAGUAGUAACGAUGAGGUCCUCGUGAGUUUGGACGGCGCCGAAUGGGAACCGGAGCAAGUGAAGAAGCGCCAGAGUCUGCCGGGCGCUGGGGUUGAUUGGCAGCUAAAGUUCUCUGAGAGGCUCUUACUUCAGGUCACCCUGGCUGAGACCGGGGAAACCAAACCAAUUACUGUUAACCAUAACUCACCAGCAGAACCUGAACCCCAAAUUGAAACGCCACCGAUUGAAACAAGCCAUGUCGAGGAUUUUUCGACCCAAAGCCUCGAAACGCUCACUCCGCCUAGUAAGACACAUAUUGCAAGACUCAAGGAUGGUGAAUUCGAUUCUCCAGCUUUCGUUAAGAGGGCGCGAAUGUCAUAUGGCUCCCUGUUCGAAGACGGAUACGACAUAUUUGAAGAGGAUGGUGGGGUGAGAGGGAGAGGGAGAAAAAGGUCCAGAUUUGGCCGCGAAAGUGGUGCAUGGAAGUACACUAGCCAAUCUCCCAGUCCUGAGCCAGCCUCGCCUCAGAACCGCGAGAGUUCGCCGCCAAGACCAGAAAUGACCGACGAAGGAUGCCAAACUAUGGAUAUCGACUUCCCCAUGCCCUCGCCGGUUUAUAUAGGCACCCAUUUGGGAGUAAGCGCCGAAGAAGCGCAAAAUGGUCCAAAUCCGACGCCGGGAGAACAUGCCACUCAGCCUAGUCAAGGUAUGGUGGAUCACGGCGUCCAAGGGACCUUCCAUGGCGAGUGGCCGACUACAACACCUGUGCACCUUCCGCCUUUCGAUCCUGGUGAUGUACUUCCUAGCCACGGCCCCGAGUUACCUGCGUUUCACCAUACCGACCACUUUCAUCCUGGUAGCAACGAUUUUCAACAAGGCUGGGACCCUAGGUCUAUGGAACUCCCUCCUACGAGUUAUCCGAAUGCUACCGAACAACCGCCGCCUAAUAAUUUUGUUGGGGAGUACGAUGACCAGAGACCUGAUAGACUUGGAGUUGCAAGAUCUGGGAGCCAUAAACGAUCACCGAGUGAGCCUAGCAAUCUUGCCAUUGACCCUACUGAACAGGACUUCAAUGGUAAUAUACCGACCGAUGAGCAAAAUUACCCAAUUCAAGAUCUCUCGCGAAGCACGGCCUACCCGCCUUUAGACCUGGAGAACGAAGAGCAAGCUAGCCCUAAUCCAGAAGGAGGACAUCUUGACUACCCUCCAUCGUAUUUAGAUGAUCACCGGCCCUUCUCCCAAGAAGCCAUGCCUGUAGGGACAACCACAUUCAGCCCCGGGAUACCAGCAGCGGCAGACGCAGGGCCGUCCUUAUGGACUACAAUCAAUGAGCCACCUCAAGAGGCCGCGAUGUCAUCGGCUGAUCGACUCGGUAGUACCGAGGGCGAGUCGAUAGAUAACGCAGUUAUCAUAGAUGAGAGCGAUUCGGACGGGGGCCCACCGCCGCCAACAGCUGCAGAAGACACAGUCAUGCAGGGGCAUGCCGACGACCUAGAUAUGUAUGAGGAAGCAGAAGUUGAGGAUGAAAUUGACGCUGAAUAUUCGGAAGACGAUGAACCUGAAUACGAGGCCGAUGAAAUUGGCGGUGAUUAUGAUACAAGGAAUUAUACUGGCCCAGACGACGACGAGGACGAUAGUCACGAUGAAGAUCUGCGGCCGCAUGACCUGGAACCCGAGUUUGACGACGGUCGAAGUUGGGAAGGAGAGGGUGAUGACGAAAUCGAGGAUGAGGACGCAGAAAACCCCGAGUAUGAUAGUGAAUAUGAUAUGGAUGAGGAUGAUGCGGAACUUCAAACAUCGCCUCAACCUAUAUCACAAUCGACAGCUCAGGUUAUUGACCUCAUUUCAUCGUCAGAGGAUGAAAGUGAAGAUGACGAAGAUGGUCAACCGCAGCCACCAUCUAACCUUAGCAAUAAUACCGGGUUACAAAUCCAACCGGAAAGCAUACCAACUAACAUAUCAGCUGAAGCAACUGAACGGGUUGCACAAAGUGAAGGUGAAGAGGACGAAGGUGACGAAGCUAAGGCUAACGAAAGUGAUGAUGGGGAGGAGAAUGGAGACGACGAAGUACAAGAUGAUAUAUCGGUGCAUUCAUCCGACGAUUUAGAAUCCGAAGCCCCACUCGACGAAGACAAUAGUAUGGAAGAGUUCCCAGAAGAAGACCGUGUUGCUGCGGCGGAAAACUCUGAAGGCGAAGAUGUUGCAACGUCUCCUAAGGUGGAACAUCAACAGAACCCCAUUAUUCUUGAGAGUCCGCGUACCAAUGAUCUGUCUAUGGACCAGAGAGGAUCACCACAGCCUGACAAGGCAGAUACUAUCUCUAUUCUAGAUAGGGAUGAUGACGGUGACAACAAUACCAGAAAUGAUGAGGCUGAAAAGGAUAGAGUUAUGGCACCACAAUCUGCGGCUGAAGGACUCGAGAUGUUAAGCCGAGUGGUAGAAAGCGAGUCAAAGGCCAACAACGAAUUAGCGGAGCUCGAUAUGCAAGAUGAUAUGGCAGUUACUUCGACGUCGCCUGAAGCUUAUGAGUCCUUAAUGGAUAAUGUGCAAGGCGCAUCAGAACAAGGCGAGCAUGAACCCCAAGAUACCCAGCAAGAUGAGCCAGUCGAGCUAGUGUCUACGUUAUCAAAUGGUACAUCAGACCCGCAGCCUAUGGAGGUGGAUGAAGACAGGCGAACUGAACUUGUUGCCCCAUCAUCCCCUCUGAUACAUUCGUUCAUAUCUCAGCCUACUGAUGAGAAAAUGACGGAUGAUGUGGUACACGGAAGCACCCUGAAUACAGAUUCCCAAAUACCAGCUGGUCAACUUCCGACGCCUCGAGCUACCCAAGUAACGGGGGACGCCACAGCAUCAGUACCUCCGGCUGGUGUUUUAAUGGAGGUCAACAUACCCAGUGAAAUCAACAACGCAGCAGAGCCUGUCGAUGUUAACAUUCGCGACAUUUCGUUCUCAGCCGAACAAUCAUUUACCAUGAAAGGUUCUUCUACAGUUAUAGAAGAUGCCUCAAUCCAUGUCGAGGAACAGCACGUGGAGUCUACUUCAACUUCGCGGCAGCAGACCCCCUUGGAGGGAGAUGCCGAGGAAAGCAUACCUCUUCCCCACUUACGAGUCUCGCCAGGUCUAAGUUUCCAGACUCAGGUCAGCGUUGGUGAAAUGGCACAAGCGAGUUUCACCGAGUCCACUUCCAAGAUUAUGAGUGAACUCGAAGUAGGAAGCGAUAUACAUUCGGAUGUCGAGAGUGAUACAAAUGGUGCUAGCGUAUCAUUUGUGUCGCAAAUGGACGAGGAAUUACAAGCUAGUAUCUUGGAAUAUUCUCAGGAUUUUGAGGAAGUCGAACACAUGGAGACGCCAAAUGAACAUGAGAUUGGUGAUGAAUCCGAUAAUUAUGACGACGAAGUUAAUACCACUGACAAUGAAGAUGAGACUCACUUGGAGAGGCAUCUAACCUCAAGAGGCCCAUCUCCAGAACUCGGAAACCGGAUAGAAGAGCGACAAGAAACCCAGCAAGCUAUUUUAAUGGAGGAUGUCGAUACUCCUGAACAAGUAUCACAAGUGGACCCGAGUGUGCAGCUUGCGCGAGCUGCAAACGCCUCCAAGCGACAGUCGAGACAGCACGAUACGACCAAGAUUACUCAUGCAAAUGGGAAAAAGCCUCCUGUCGAAGAUUCUACAGCUCUAGUAGAGGAUCCGAGUGUGCAGCUAGCUAGAGCCUCUUUUAACAAGGGAGAAGAAGAGAGCAAUUCCAUGACAGCGGCGAAACUCAAGUUAGUCCGCCAUCUCAGGGACGAAUUGCCGGAUUGCACAUCUCUGAAGGUUCUACGACAGCAUCUUCAAAAGAAGCUAAGCGUGAUAGCUAUCGCCAUGAUGCAACCCCCGGAUCCACAGAGAGCUAAGGGCGGACCGCGUGAAUUCAUGAUGUCGUUUACUAUUACGGACUAUUCCAUCGGCCCCUAUUCGGUCGUAGAGGUAUAUCUCUAUCGACCGCACAAGGAGACGCUACCUAUCGUCAAGGCUGGCGAUGUAGUGCUUCUUCGAAACUUUACGGUCGUAUCAAUCCACAACAAGGGAUACGGCCUACGCACAAAUGACGAAUCCAGCUGGGCCGUUUUCGACCAGGAAGGCGAACCGCCCCAGAUCAAGGGCCCUCCCGUCGAGUACGACGAGAAGGAGACGGCCUAUGUGGCGCAUUUGCGAGCUUGGUUCAAUUUGCUGGACGAGAAAGCAAGGGCCAAGUUGGAAAGGGCUAACAAAAAGAUGAUCGAUGUGGGCAGAUCUAAGUAAGAAAAAAACAAAAAAGUUGACUGACGUCUCCAUGGUAGUAGACUGAUGUCUUAAUCAUUUUGCUAGAGCUAUUAUUACUCAAUUCUAUGUACAUGCAUUUGGUAGCUUGAGCUAGAUUUAAA